AUGAAUUCCCUUAAAAUAGAGAACAAUAAAUUUAUGAAAAGAGCAAUUUAACGAAGAUCUCAAAGAGAGAUCAAUCUAACUCCAACAAUUAUUCUAUCAGACAAAGAUAUUGAAAUAGAUGACUUCGAUUCUCCAACUUCAUUAAAUUUAUAAAUACCAAUCUUUAGUCCAACAAAAAUGAUAUUUUCUUUGCCUAAAUCUGAUAGGACAAUUAAAUGA